AUGGGCUUGCAGGGCAGGGAAUGCGCCCGGUGUGAGCUUGCAAGUGGUGACAUUAUUGCCAGAUUUGCAAGAAGAGCCCCGUUAAGAGGAAGAUUUGGUGGUGGCGGUGGUGGCCGUGGUGGUUUCUCGGGGAGGAGAGGAGGUGGCAGGUUUUCUGGUGGUGGUGGAAGAGGAUCAUUUUCUAGAGGUGGUGGCAAUAGAAACAAUAUUGCUCAGGAUGGGUUCGAAUCCCAUCUCUGCGUGUGGAGCUUCCAUCUCUGGCACAAGUGUGAGGCCUGGAGAUGGACUCUGUCAGAUAAUGGGUUGAAGCCUCUCUCAACAGGUCAUGUGCUACGAUUGAACCCUCACAAGCCAGUCAGGAAGGGUGUGGCGGUAGGGUGCCCGCAUCACCUUUUGCUACAAGAUGCAUUUACCAUUUCAUCCGUUCCAUAG